AAGAUUUGCUGACCACCUUUCCACCGGAAGAGAACACAGCGCUACCUAGCAUUUUCCAUUCGUUGAGUUGGCCCGGGAUGCUAACCGCAAUGUGUGUGUGUAUAGUGUAUAGUAUUUGAAAUAUGAAUUAGCGUAGCUUUUUUAAAGCAGUAAAUGGACAUAUAGCGUCGUUAGAGUAAAUAUUAGCCACAUUUACCGGGCCUUUGAGAGAAGAUCUCUCGUCAUGUUUGGGAGAGAAGCGGAGGUCUGGCGCGCGGGCUGUCAACAAAGUCCGGCUGAAAAAACGCUGCUGUUUCCCCUGCUAUCUCGUAUGACAUAGUCCUGGUGAAGACAAAGCUGAAUCAUGCCGGGGAAGCUGAAAGCUAAGAUUGUGGCGGGACGUCACUUACCCGUCAUGGACAGAGCCAGCGACCUCACUGAUGCCUUCGUAGAGGUCAAGUUUGGCAACACAACUUUCAAAACAGAUGUCUACCCCAAGUCCCUUAACCCACAGUGGAACUCAGAGUGGUUCAAAUUUGAGGUGGAUGAUGAGGAUUUGCAGGAUGAGCCUUUACAGAUCACAGUGUUGGACCAUGACACUUACAGUGCCAACGACGCAAUAGGAAAGGUCUACAUUGACAUCGACCCACUGCUGUCCAGCGAGGCUGCUACCGUCAUCUCUGGAUGGUUCCCCAUCUACGACACUAUACACGGUAUAAGAGGGGAGAUUAAUGUUCUGGUGAAGGUGGACCUCUUCAACGACCUAAACCGCUUCAGACAGUCCUCCUGUGGGGUCAAGUUCUUCUGCACAACAUCCAUCCCGAGGUGUUACCGCGCAGCACUGGUCCAUGGCUUUGUUGAGGAGCUGGUGGUUAACGAGGACCCGGAGUACCAGUGGAUCGACCGCAUCAGAACACCCAGGGCUUCUAACGAGGCCCGCCAGCGACUCAUCUCCCUCAUGUCUGGUGAGCUGCAGAGGAAGAUAGGUCUGAAGGUGUUGGAGAUGGGUGGUAAUGCGGUGGUGGGCUACCUGCAAUGCUUUGAUCUGGAGGGAGAGUCAGGUCUGGUGGUCCGAGCCAUCGGCACCGCCUGCACUCUGGACAAACUCAUCCCUGGGACCGCUUCCAACACCACCACACAACCCAACACCGCCCCGGCAUCCAAUGCCUGCAACUCCCCCUCCAAGGAAAGCAAAGAGCCCGUGUUCAGUGAGGACCCACCCCACCCCCUCUCCGUCCCUCCCACCCCUCUCAGAACCCUCCCUUCCUCCUCCUCCUCUCCUCCUCCCUUCUCUUCAUCCAAGCCAUGCAGUCGCCAGUCCUCCUCCUCAGACACAGACCUCAGUCUGACGCCCAAGAUGGGGAUGGGGAGUGGGGGCAGCGUUGGAAAAGAGGCAGGGCCUCUGAAGACCCUCCUCAGACAGCAGGCCCAAUCAGCAUUGGAGCAGAGGGGAGCCUCAUCCUCUGGUAUAUUUGUAAACACCAGGGAGUUCCCCUUCUUCACGUUGACCUGUUUUCCCCCCGGCUUCCUGGUUCACAUCGGGGGAGUGGUCAGCGCCCGCUCGGUCAAGCUGCUUGACCGCAUACACAACCCUGACGAGCCGGAGACGAGGGACGCAUGGUGGGAGGAGAUUCGUCAGGAGAUCAAGUCUCAUGCCAAAGCCCUGGGUUGCCACGCUGUGGUGGGAUACAGCGAGAGUACCACCAUCUGUGAGGAGGUGUGUAUCCUGUCUGCGUCGGGCACGGCGGCCAUGUUGAAUCCCAGGUUCAUGCGCGAGGGCUGUCUGGACGCCGGCGGCAGCGACCACAGGUUGUCACGGCAACCGCCACUCGGCGUGGUUGGGUCGGAGAGGGGAGAGGGGGAAGUUAGCUCAGCCUGGCUGGGGUUUGAUGAUGCGUCGCCCCCUAGCUGCGGAUUUUGUCACAUCCCAUAUGACGAGUUCAACAUGCCGUUCCCAGCUCAGCUCACAUACUGCUACCACUGUAGGAGACAGAAGGUCCCUGACGUGCUCUUUACUACCAUAGACCUACCUGUUGAGGCUGCUGUUACUGGGAAGGGCUGCCUCAUACAGGCCAGGUUGUGUCGUACCAAGAAGAAGUCCCAAGGGGAGGUGAAUGCCACAGCCAUCUCUAACCUCCUCCCCUUCAUGGAGUACGAGCUCCACACCCAGCUGAUGAACAAACUGAAGCUGCGCUCCAUGAACGCUCUGUUUGGACUCCGCAUUCAGAUCAGUGUGGGAGAAAACAUGCUCUUAGGACUAGCUUCUGCAACAGGUGUGUACCUGUCAGCCCUGCCAGCUCCAGGUGGUAUCCAGAUAGCUGGUAAGACUCCCAGUGACCUGAGUUACGACCAACACAUUUCCACCAUGCAGAAACGCAUCAACGACACCAUCGCCAUGAACAAGGAGCUCUACAACAUACACCCCCUGAAGUUAUUUACGUUGGACCCUGAGGCGUUCACCGGCCUGAAUACGGAGUGUAUAGAGGAGGUGGUGGGCUCUCCUAUCCCUGACAGACAGCGAUCCAGACUGUUCAGGUCUACCUCUGAGAGUUCAGACGAGCUGUCAGAACUAGACCUUUCCCACGGCAAGAAGGACGCCUUCGUACUGGAUAUUGAUGACACUGAUGCAGUAGAGGACAUCCAAUCCCUACUCACUGAUGCCCCCAUGCCUGCAGGGUUCUACAGCUGUAACACAGAGGUCAUGCCUGGGAUUUACAACUGGACUUCAGGGCUACAGAUGUUUACAUCUGUCAGGGUCUACAGACUCAGUAAUGCCAAUCUGACCAACCAGGGACUCAACAAGAUCUUCACUGAUCUCUGUGAGAAUUUGCUCAAGAGUCUAUACUUUAAGUUGCGUUCCAUGAUCCCCUGCUGUCUAUGCCAUCUCAACUUCACUGUAGCCGUACCAGAAGAAGAACUCAUACAGGUGGCGGUGACGGCCGUAGCCAUGAGUUUUGAAAAGGAGACUCAGCUGGCAGCAGACAAGGCUCUUACCAGGGGGAGUGGUGAGAAUGAGGAGCAGCUACAGUUUUCUAUGGAGCUGUGUGGAGAGUCAACGUCCUCCAACAACCAGCCAACAGCCAAACCUUCAGGUGUUCCAGAGAGUGCCAUGAUCCACUCCUCGUCUCGAGCUUCCUCGGUUGAUUACGGUUCCUUUGCAGACAGAUGCAGCACCUGGCUAGAGCUGCUUAGGCUGAAAGCUCACACCAUAAGACGAGGAUCAGUUAAGACAAGUAGGAGGACACAGUCGCUAGCAAACUCUGUCUCGUCUUCAGAGCGCUGCAGUCCUCUCCCAGAUGUGCGGUCCCGGUCGCUACGCUCCACCAGGUCGUUGCCAUGUGGUGCCCCUGUUAUCGUGGUGAAGAUGACUCCUCUGUCCUUUCUUCCCAGGACGCGCAUCAUCAAAUACUUGGGAAUCAUCAACAUGUUCUUCAUUAGAGAGACCACGUCACUACGAGAGGAGGGGGGUGUAAGUGGGUUCCUCCAUUCCUUCAUAGCGGAGGUGUUUGCCAUGGUCCGUGCCCAUGUAGCAGCUCUGGGGGGCAACGCCGUAGUGUCAUACAGCAUGAAGGAGUGUGUCUUCAUGGAAAACCCCAACAAGAACCAGGCUCAGUGUCUGAUUAACGUUAGUGGUGAUGCUGUCGUCUUCGUCAGAGAAUCAGACCAGGAGGCCAUACCCCCUCUGAUGACUAGCGGACAGGCCAGCACGACUGGGGCCGACGGGACCACAUGACACGCUCACCCACACACACACUUCAGUCUAGCCAUCCAAAUAAUUGUGAUUUAUGUCUGCUAUAAACAGACUAGGUGAUGGAGAAAUAGUCUCUUAAUUGUCCAUUAAGGCGCUCUACAUAAGCCAUUUAGAGGCAUCCUGUCAUGUCUCUGUCUGUCUGUUGGUGAUAUAAUAGACAUUCCAAUACAAGGUGAAGCUUUAGGCAGCUAAAAGACUGAUUCCUCGCCAAUUUAGGAAAUCUGUUCCCAAGUAUUCCCACACAUAGCUAUAGGCUUAUGUGAUCGUAUCCUAAUUUAAUCAAGGUGUGAAAUUAUUCUGUUUUUGUUAAAUACUAUAUCUGUUUGGGAUUCUUGCGGCCAAUUUACAGUGUACAAAUUAUUUAUAACUACAGUACCAGUCAAAA